CUCUCAAUCCUCCUCAUCCAUGGCUUGGCUUCUAUAUAACCCUUCCUCUUCCUCACUCCACAUCCUCUGUCUCUCUCUCUCUCCCUACCUCUCUUUCUCUCUCUAAAAUCUCCACAAAACACUGAGAAUUAAGCAAAACACACUCCAUAAGAAGCUCCACGAGCUCAAAGCUCAAAGCUAUAAUGGGUUUUCCUGUGGGCUACACAGAGCUCCUCCUCCCAAAGCUCUUCAUCCACACUCUCUCUCUUCUGGGUCUCAUCCGAAAACUCAUCUCCACCUUCUUCUCCUUACUGGGUCUCCAAGAUUUCAUCCAACCAGACAAUGCCUGGGCCGACCCGCCCGCCCCAUUCCCCGAGUUCCACUCGGCGUCGGCGGUUCUGAUCCGCGAAAUCCUGCCCGUCGUCAAGUUCUCGGACCUGGUCGACCCGCCCGAGUCGUGCGCCGUCUGCCUGUACGAGUUCGAGAGCGAGGACGAGAUACGACGCCUCACGAAUUGUCGUCACAUCUUCCACAAAGGGUGCGUGGACCGGUGGGUCGGGUACGACCAGAAGACGUGCCCGCUGUGUCGUACGCCGUUCAUAUCGGACGAUAUGCAGGGCGAUUUCAAUGAGAGGCUUUGGGCGGCUUCUGGGAUCCCCGAUUUUUACGACCAUUUUUAUCCCUAUACUGAUAAUGGUUUAGAUUUGUAGCUCUAAAACCGCGAGAGAAGAACAAGAAUCAAACUCUGGUGACAUCUACAGCGACAAUUCCAUUACGAAAUUUAAUUGAGUCGAAUUCUUGUCGCGAAUGCUUGUGGUAAAUUUUUUUUACCACGAAGUUUAUGUAAUAUUGUGUAAAUAUAGGAAAUUAUUGGAUAAAGAAAAAUGGGAAAUGAAAUGAGGAUCGAGUACAAUGCAAUGAGAUAGUUUUGUACAGUUUCUUUUUUUUCUUUUUUUUUAAAUUUUAAUUUAAAACUUUUAUAGUUGUGACUAAGAUUCUAGAAGGGUAAAUUUUGAUUUUGGUGAUGUGUUGUUUUAAUUGAUUUGGUUGGUGUGUGAUAAAAAUUGGUGAGGGUUCGUUUGGGGUUUGGCAUGUAUAUUUUAAGUCAUUAAUUUUAUUAUGAAAUGGAGCGUGACAUUGUCAGUUGGUAGGUUCA